UCAAUCAUGGCAGUACAGCAGUGAUCAGUGAUUCACGGCGACAAGAAAACACAAACCAAGUAGGGACAUAUCGUAGAACACGAAGAUAUGGCAGGCAAGAAUCAGAACUCCGCCGUCCACGUGCUGACGAUCGCGGUAGUGGGGGCGUUAGUGUCAGUGACUCGGGCUAGUGACGUCUCAGACUUUCGGUUGUUCGACUUUGGCGACGAAGAUACGGAGUUUUUCAGCAGUUCAGCGUACGAAAAAGCAUUCAACGACCAUGAAUCGUACUUUCCGACGGAUUUAAAUCUCGGUGCGUUGGAUUUGAUUGCGGCCACGCCUCACUUUGCAAAACUACCGUCCUACGUUGAUCCCAGUGAAGUGGAAGUGGCCCGUAGUAAGCGGAGGGCAGCUUCAUCCAGUGAAGAAAACUCCGGCGAAGAUGACGAAGUUGAGAAGGAUAGUGGCUCAAGCGGAGGACCUGAUGAUUACGUCGAUCGCUACGAACGUUUCGUUACUCGUCACUUCAAGGAUCGAGACGAGCAGCGAGAGAAGGACGACGUGAAAGGAGAUGGAGCCAACUACUCUUAUCGCUUUGAUUAUUCUCCAUCAGAUGACUACGAAAGGAUCAAGCAAGAAUCCGAAGCACAAAGCCGUCAGUUAGCAAAGGACCCGAAAAACUGCAAGGCUUACGAACAGGAUGGCAUGUUAUGUCACGUGUGUCGGGAUCCUGGCACGGACACUACCUCUGAAUCCUGCGCAUACGCCACGGUUCCACAUCACAAAAAGUUUGCCUACGUAAAGCAGAAGAACUACAACAGCAAGGAUCAUGACCAGGAACCGGACAAUGGAGAUGACUAUGACGACAAUGCUCGAGAAGCUGAUGAAGAAUCUGAAGAUGGUGACGAAGAGGAUCAAAUCGAGACAACGACAAAGCCCGCUGCUCCAGUUAAGCAACGAACUCGAGUGGAGAACAUAUCGAAUCUGCCUCAAAAUCGGAAAGUCAUACCGACGAAGAAGUCGGUAGUGCACGUGAAGCCGGGUCAAGGAGCGAACAAUGGGGGAGGGUAUCGCUACCAACCUGUGGACAUGCGUUCCAACAAACAGAAGCCACAGCCUGUCGCACCUGCUCCAGGAAUAGUCCAUCCCACGUACUACGACUUCUAUACGCAUUUCUUCCCAACGUCGACCUCCGGUGGAGCAUCCGGGCGGAGCCAGAAGAUACAGCAACAGGAGCCAGCCGACAGCGAAGAUGUGUACGUACUGAGCUACCAGGACAAAGAUCAAGUGGCUAAGGUUCUGGCUGAUUUCAAGUCACGCGAUUGGUCCAACUGCAAGAAAGGCAACAAAAACGAACUAACCUGCUACACGUGCACCGACAAGGACGGCGUUAAACACGAGGAAUGCAUGUACCUUUCAGAAUCCCGCCAAGUUUCAUCGCAAGUUCAUCCACCAACUACCACGGCACCACCACUGAAGAAAUCUCCCCGGCGCAAGAAGGUGGUCCAGAAGGAAACACCCGAGAAGAAGCCGAUAUCGCCCAAGUUGCGUAAGGUACGACCGAAAACAACGACGUCGGACAAAUCGGCAAAGUUGCGGCUGCAGGACGAAGAAGACGUCGACGGAAGCUCGAAGGGACUUGAACGGCAGACGGUGAAACGAACCGUUUCGAUCAAGGCUCACGUGGACGGUGACGGGGUGGAGCCGAUGGACGGCGAACGUGUUGUACGCUACGAACAUCACGUGAGUCACCGGCUGUGAGCGGAUGUUGUUGGGUCGUCGGGUAUGGUUAUUAUCGUAGUUGUUAGCACAUUGUUUAUACUGAUUGUAAAAUAAACGAAAUCGUCUUUCCUAUUUUUCUACUGACUUAGGGUUUGGGUACUAGUAGUGGACCCCCUAAGCCAUCGAAAUUUACUUCUGCGGCUUUUUAGCUAUGUUAAGGCAAUGGAUUGUUCCAAAGUCAAUUUUUUUAACAAGUUUCACGUCCCCUCUUUAUGUUAAGAGCGUCAAACAUAUAACAUUAAUAAAUUAUUCCAGUGAAAUAUGCAUUUGAAAAUACGCAUCGAUGUUGCCUAUAAUGGACACCACCGGGGUCCAUUAUAGGAUUAUUUACAAAUAUCUUGGCGCCUAUAGUGGACCCCCCAUUUGAUUUCCAUGUUAGCUGUCAUGCCGCCGACGGUGCCUAUAGUGGACCCUCCCUGAAUGUGCGUAUAGUGGACCCUUUUGAGUGUUUACAUUCAUUAAAUAGUUAAAAUAACCGAUUUUUGCGGCCACCGGGUUAUUUGUUUGCUAGGAACUGCUGUGUUGCAAUGUAAUUGAUGUUCCUCCGGUGGAAGUUGCCUGGAAACAGUUGAUUUGGGCAUUUAUAUUUGAGUUUUUCUGAAGGGGGUCCACUAUAGGCGCAGGGUCCACUACUAGCACACAACCC